CAGUCUGUUAGCUAACAACAAACUCAGCGUCACCUCACCUGUUCUUGCCCUCUCAUGAGAACACUGGGCUGGGAUUAAAGCCCAGACCACUAAGCCAACCACCGCAUGUAAGCCAUUCCCAGGAACCAGGAGCCACUGCCUGGGAGCAUUUCAGACACUGCAAGGAACUUGCAGCAGCACUGACAGCCACCAUGAAGGUUACAAUCUCCUUCCUCCUUCUGUUGCUGCCACUAAUGCUGAUGUCCAUGGUCUGUAGCAGCCCAAAUCCAGGGGUCGCCAGAGGCCACAGGGACCAACGCCAGGCUUCUGGGAGGUGGCUCCAAGAAGGCGGCCAAGAAUGCGAGUGCAAAGAUUGGUUCCUGAGAGUCCCUAGAAGAAAACUUAUGACAGUGCCCAGGCUGCCAAAGAAGCGAUGUCCCUGUGAUCACCCCAAGGUCAAUGUGAAGAAAAUCAGACACCGCAGGCACCACAAGAAGCCAAACAAGCACUUGCAAGCCUGCCAAGAAUUUCUCAAACGAUGUCAACUAGCGAGCUUAGCUCUGCCUUUGUAGGGGCUCUGAACAGAAACCUUCAAAAACUCAAACCUGUCCAAAAGGCAGCAAGCACUCCUAGAGCACACCCUUCCUCUCUCCACUCCCUGUCGCACUCCCUAGGUCAAUCCUGUGCCCUAAAGGCACUUUUCCCAACAUCACCUUGAUUAUUGCUCCUUCUACUGUUUUCUUCUGUCUUUUCCUGUGCCCUCCUCUUACCUUGCUUUAAGCUUUAAUUACCCAGUUACCUGAAAGAGACUAGAAAACCCAUCCUCCUAGCUGGUCUGACUUGACCUUAAAUAAUCAAGAAAAGUAACAAACAGAAGUCAAUAAAAGUUUCUAAACAUAA